UUGAAACUAUAUAUUAUAUUCACCAUGCCAAACGUAUAGUACAAUAGAUUUUAAAUUGAAUUAUCAACUCAUAAAAAGUAUUGAGUUAAUAUUGCAUUUUUUCUCAUCUUUGAACUGAAUUUAACUGGUUAUACACUUUAUAAAUACAAUACUGUGUGUGCUAAUGACUGGGAAUAAUAUAUCGUCGUUAUAAAUGUCUCCCCAAAUAUGAUUUUAUUGUGUCACAAUGGUGAUGAUUUAAUUCAUACGAAUUUUUUUAAAUAUUAUAUUCAAUUUUAGAUGGAAAAAAUGGUUUGUUUUUAUUCUAAAAUUUUUGCAGGGGGUUUAUUUUAAGCACUCUGCUACUUUAAUUCCUAGAUAUUUUAGCGCACUUAAUUGUAAUUGAUUUGUAAAUUAGCACUCGUGAUUUUAUUUUUAUGUGAUUUAGGCCCUCUGUGAUUUAUUGUUAAAUUAAUUGUAGAUCUGUAGUCAGAAAUUAUAGUUAAAAAUGCUGAAUUUUAAUUAAAAAAAUUGAUUCUAGUUGUUCUUUCUUGAUAACGGGGACGUAUUAAACAGCUGUUGGGAUUUUUCUUUAUAAAUAUUGUAGUUUUGAUAUUUCAGAUGAAAUGGACGAAAUAUCUAGACUCGUCCUAGAAGGAUGCUCGGACGAACAGCUCCUAGCUCGUCUGGAGCAAGGGACGGAAGAGGAGCAGAGAGACAAAGACCACGAGUUCGUCUCUUGUAUCAAGAUCAAUGGAAUCCCUAUUCUUCCGACCGUCAUGACUCCGGAACUCCGGGUCCAGUGUUUAGCUUGGAAAGAGAAAGCCGUCCUGAAAGAGAAAGAACUGAAAUCCCGAAGAGACGUCGACCAUGAAUCCAGGAUCAAGUAUGCAAUUAAUAAUUUCAAAUAUAAACUAUCUAAACAAGGAGCAAUCUCAAGUUCAUGUCCGGAAUUACUCGACCUGGAUUUAGGAGAAUCGGAGGAUGAAUCAUCCGACCUCAGUGUCUCCGACCUCGAGCCCAAAUCCUUCGCUGAGAUCCAGCAAAUCUUGAAGAAGCAAAGAACCUCCGACCUCCAUUCAGCUAGAUCCUCUUCUCUUAGCAGUGACUCCGUCCAAACUCAUCCAACUAAACCAUACGAGUCACAACUCUACUCGGAUACGGAGCUUGAGAUUGAAACUAAUCUGGGAUUGUAUGAUAGCCUACAAAGUUUGAACACCGUGAUAGAAAAUCCAUCCUCACGUCUCACUCAUCCGUCCUCAAUUUCUCCUAGUUCAAGUUAUCAGCUGGACGAUUCUGAUAAAGAAAACACCGAUAUUUCAACCGAUAUCUCUGAUAGUUUCCGUCCACGCCGAGGCUCCUACACCCUGGACAAACCUAGUCCACUACUCCGGGCACACCUGGAGAAGUUUGGUACAACACAGAACCAUGAUUACCAUGAUAUGUCAAACCAUCAAAGAACGCCCAGUCCAAAAAAAUCUCAAAUAGUUUGGGAAUCAAAGAAGUCUCCAAAAAGCCAGGAAGAGCGCCAAAUAAUCCUGGAUAAAUACCUGGAGAGUUUAACCGAGAAAUCUACGCCAAUGUCUCGUAUACCUGUGAAGAUAAAUACACCCAAGAGCCAGAAGAAAUCCACGAAUCAUUUUCAAGUUCGGAGUACACUUGUCGAAACAAAGCAAAGUAGCCUAGUUCGCUCAUCAACAUUUACCCACAGAUCAGAAAAAAAAGGUAUUAUGCUGGAUAGAAAAAGAUUCCAAGACUCACCAAAAACUUCUCCAUCUAAACCCUCCUCUUGCCCUGUUCCUCGAGUGGAUCAAAUAUUUCCUGUUUUUUCUCAGUCAGUUCUCAGAUCCCCUCGCCCUUCAGUCCCGACUUCUCCAUCCCGUUCGUUCUCAGCAUCAGUUGCCCCCACUCCUACUCCUUCUCGAUCCUUGACAACAUCAGAAGCUCCUACUCCUUCGAUACCAUUUUCACCUUGUCCUACUCUUUCUUUUUCUACGUCAUAUGCUCCCACUCCGUCCACUCUAAUUUCUCCGGACCCCAUUACAACUACUACAUCCUCUAGAACCCGGAGAUUUGAAUCUCCGACUCCGGAACCACCAGAUACCUCGAGAACAGAGGUACUUGAUACUCCAACUCAGGAAUACACAGUUACUCAAUCGGUGGAGAAUAUUACUCAGACAUCGGAGUAUACUCCGAUGGCGGAACCACCUCUCUUAUCCGGGUCGGUUGGACCAACGGAUAUAGAGAAGGCGGUUUCGAACCUUACUCAGUUACACUACGAGCGCAUGUCCUCGCUUCUUGCCAGACAAGAAGAGGAGCGACAAAGGUUAAAGGUUGAGUUUGAGAUGAAACAACAAGAAUUGAUUGAUCAGAUUGUAAAAAAGUUUCCAAAUCUAAAACUUCAGCUUUCAGCCCCAAGUACUGAACCAAAACCGGAGACGAAUCAAACCUCUUCCAUGCCCCCUCACACAGAAACAGGACUGAAGACAACUGAAAAGUCUAAAUCUCCGGAUACUGAACCUGAACCAGUCCAAAAACCUGCAGGGUUGAUUUCUCCGAAUAUUGAAUCUCCAAGUUUAACAUCUCAAAUCAGAAAACCUCAGGUUUUAUCUGAUGUGACACCUCUGCCAGUUGAAGCCCAGAGCGAAGUUGUUCGAGAACUCCAUCCGUUCCAUACCAAGAAAGAAUUGCACAUUCCUCCCGCGGUGUUCUCGGAGAAGUAUGCAAAAGGUUGGACACAACUAAGUGCGCUUGCACGCGGGUUUCUGGUGAGAAGAUUACUGAGAACGGAGAAGGUUCAGGUUCUAAAGCAAACUAUCAGAGAAACAUUGGAGUUUGCAAUUCAACUUCACUUGGAAGGCGGUGAACCGAGCAGACAGGAUGUUGAUCUUCACUCGCGUCUGCUCGCGCAGUUAGAAUCUGCUUGUGAUAUGAUCCAUCAUUUGUUCUUUGAACUCGGGACUCAGGAGAAGUUAGAGAUUAUUCGUCAAGAUAGGGAAACAGCAAGGGUCAAGGCUAAUAAGCAGGAAAGUAAAAAAGAAAAAAGGCUAUCAGCUGCUACUAGGAGCAGAUUGGAAAGCAAGACAAAAGAAAGUUUUGUAACGCCUAAACCUAAAGAUAGGUGGCAACCCUCUCGUCGAAAAUUAGCAAGAGCAAGAAGUGUGUCCAGAGAAAGAAGACGACCUACAAACUCAGUGCCUUCGCCUUAUGCCAGAAGUUUAUCUAAAUCUGUUUCCUCUAAAACUGGAUUCAAAUUAGGCGGGAAGAAAUCCUUCGACAAACCGGUUUGGAAAUAACCGUAAAUACCUGAAUGUUACAGUACAAAUUUCUUAUGGUCAAGUUAUAUUUUUCAGUAUUUUCAUUUUUUUAAUUAAUUUUUAUAUGGUUCUAUAUAUUUAUAUAUUUAUUAUCGCAAAGAAAAUUAUAUGUGUACAGCACAAGCACAACCACUCUCUGUACAUAGAGCACUGUACUGUACUGCAAUGUU